AUGCCCCGCGUCCCCCUCGUCGGUCGCCUGACGUCCCACGAAUACGUCGCCACUCUCUUCGGCUUCCUGCUCGUCACCCUCGAGGGCGUCCUCCAUGUUAUCAUCUUCUUCCUCCCAAAGCCCGUCAUCCGCUGGUUCUACAACCGCUCCCGCUUCCUCUUCCACCGCUUCGUCGGCGCGCCCGCCCCCCGCUCAGACACCCGCCGCUUCGCAGACCAUGUCCGUAAGGCCGAGGACUUUGAGGAGCUCUGCAAGCUGUUUGGCUAUGUCCACGAGGAGCACCUCGUCCUCACGACCGAUGGCUACCUCCUCGGCAUCCAUCGCCUUCCCGCGAAGAGAGGCGAGCCAGGCCCUCCACCCGGCACGUCCACCGGAAAGCCCGUCGUCUACCUCCAUCAUGGUCUCCUCAUGAACAGCGAGGUCUGGCUCUGCUUGACCUCCGAGGACCGCGUCCUCCCCUUCGUCCUCGUCGAGCAGGGUUUCGACGUCUGGCUCGGCAACAACCGCGGCAACAAGUAUUCAAAGAAGUCCAUUCACCACAACCCCAACUCCAAUAAGUUCUGGGACUUCAGCAUCGACGACUUUGCCUGGCACGACAUCCCCGACUCCAUCGAGUACAUCCUUCAGACCACCCGCGCCCGUAGCCUCAGCUAUGUCGGCUUCAGCCAGGGCAGCGCACAAGCCUUCGGCGCGCUCAGCAUCCACCCGCAACUCAACAACAAGAUCAACGUCUUCAUUGCCCUCGCUCCUGCCAUGAGCCCUGCUGGCCUGGCCGCCCCUCUCGUGGACGGCCUGAUGAAAGCAUCCCCGGCCCUUCUUUUCCUUAUUUUCGGCCGCAAAGCGAUUCUCUCCUCAGCGGUCAUGUGGCAGAGCAUCCUGUAUCCGCCCAUCUUCUCCCGCCUAAUCGACGCGUCUCUCACGUUCCUCUUCAACUGGCGCUCGCUGAACAUCACCUCGACUCAGAAGCUCGCCGCGUACGCGCACCUGUACUCGUUCGCGUCCACCAAGUCCGUCGUGCACUGGUUCCAGAUCAUGCGCAACGCGCGCUUCCUCAUGUACGAUGACGACGUGUACGCGCCCGCGUUCAGGGCGAAAGCCUCCAUCACCGGCUACCGGCCUGCGAAGUUCCCCACGAGGAACAUCGCGACGCCCAUCGUGCUCAUGUAUGGCGAUCAGGAUAGCCUCGUGGACAUCGACAAGAUGUGCGGAGAGCUGCCGCGCAACGGGGUCGACGUGAGGCAACUGCGCGGAUAUGAACAUCUGGACAUCUUGUGGGGUGACAACGUGCACGUCGACGUCAUUCCACAGGUGCUCGAGGUGCUGAAGAAGCAUUGCGAGACGCCGGAGAAGGUGGGCUCGCUGAAGGAGGGCGUCAACGGGAAUGGACGGCUGAAAGUUUGGCUGGGCGAGAGCGGGGUGUACAGACCAGAGACGACGUCGGGGUACGCGACGUCGACGGACGUGUAAACUGCGGACGGCUAUUAUACCCCCAUCUUGUAUCGCACCUAGCCUCCUACCGUUGUCGUGUCGCGCAACUACAUCAAGUGAUGUCGUGUCACGACUGUCACGUCACGAGCC